AUGGCGCGUGCUUCGUCGUCGCCACCGCCCUGGCGGUUGGGUCGGGUCUUGGUGGCCGUGGUCCUGUUGGCCGCGGUUGCGGUCAAGGCUCAGGCACCGAUCACAGCUGCACCGGAGAUCUUUCCUGAAUUUCCGUUGGCCGAGACGCUAGAACAGGCGUUGGCGAGCAAUCAGGCCGCUGGACCAGUGCCUUCACUGAACGUAACCCGCGACACCUACCUCGAGCUCAUCGCCGACAUCUUCCUUCACUUUCGCCAGUAUCAGAACAAGAACGCCUCCUCGAUCCAGUAUGGUCGAAUCAUUGAUCCAUAUGCGGGCAUGGAGAUUCAGUACAGUACCCCAACUUUUGCUUUUGCCGGCGCCACUCUCCUGGAGCACCAAUAUUUCAACGCAUCUACCCAUAAUGCGGUCCUCACCGAUGUCAGCCUGGCCAUGACCGCCGCUCUCACCGCGCUGCAGUACGGCCAGCCCAAUGGCGAGCACGGUUGUGCCCAAGGUCACUGCAACUUUUACACCAUGCCGCUUAUGUUGGCGUUGGAGUCUCUCAAUGGCACCGUCGAUGCCUCCUUAUUUGCAAGCUGGACGAAUCUGGCACGUAAUAUCAAGCCUGAACGCUCCUACAGCAGCUGGCCCCACGCCAGCGGCAACUGGGCCAUUGUGGCCCUCACCGGCGAAUAUCUGCGCUACCACCUCGGUCUGCGCGCAGACAUGGACGACAUUAUCGAACAGCUUCGUUAUCAAUUCAAUUCCGCGACGUGGACGGACAACGGCGAGUAUUUGGACCACAGUGGCUGCAGUGGCAGCUGCAGUCCAAUGCCCUACGACCACUUUCCCCGCAAAUACAUCACGAUCAUGCUUGCAUACGGCUAUGCCGCGGAGAAUGCAUCCUGGUACUGGGAGUUUAACCGUCGUGGCGCUUGGACCUCACUCGUCCUACAAUCUCCUUGGGGAGAACUUCCUACCGGCGGCCGCUCUUCUCAGCAUCAAUGGAAUGAAGCCGUGUCCACCGUGACCUUUGAAUUUUGGGCCAGUCGUCUGAAAGCAGAAAACCAAACCACCGCGGCCUCCCUGUUCCGCCGCGCCGCGGCUCUCUCAGUCAAGUCAUUGCAACGCUGGCAGCGAGACUCGGGCGAACUCAACAUCGUCAAGAAUCGCUUUGACCCCAGCUUGCGCCACGGCUACGAAGGCUACUCCUAUUUUUCACAAUACAACCUUUUGCCAGCCAGCAUGUUGGCCACGGCCGUCAAGCUGGCCAACUUUCAGAUCCCAGAGCGCCCCGCACUCUCCGAAACGGGCGGCUUUGCCUUUCAACUACAGAGCCUGAACAAAGUCAUAUCCAACGUGGGGGGUCUCUAUGUUGAGAGCGAGACCUUUGCCGAUGCACCACCCCAUGAUGUCAUGGGAUUAACGCGCUUGCAUCAACGUGGAACCGAGCCACUCAUCAGCCUAACCGCUGGUGCGCCGCAACAACCCCCAGAGGCCAAUCCCAAUCCGUACGCGCUGACCGUUGGGCCCAUGUGGACUUAUUCAGAACAGACCCUUUCGUACGGCAAAGUGCAAUCUGAAAGUCCUUCGUAUGACCCCGAGCGUUUCCCAGCCAAAAACAUUUUGUGGAGUCAGAACCCUGACGAUGUCCAGGACAAGCUUUGGCUCCUGCCUGACGAUGUGAGCACGGGCAAUUUCACCAUCGAACUCCAUCAGAUGCAGCCGCUAUAUGCUUUGCGCCUCCGCAACAGCCACAACGAUGAAUACAACGAUCGCGGCGCACGCGACUAUGUUCUCGAGUGCACCAACAACACUGAAUCUUCGUGGAGCACUUGGGCGAAAGGCACCCUGGCGCAGGUUGCUCAAGGCGAGCCGUUACCUUGGGAAACCAUUCCAUUGCCGGGUCAAGCAGCUCAGUAUUGCCGUCUGUCCCUGAGCGGGUUUUAUGGCAAGGGCAUCGCGCUCAAUGGCUUUGCUCUUCUGGGAGUUCAGCCCAAAAUCGGCCACUUGUUCUUUAACAGCUCCUUCGCCACGAUCGACUAUUCGGCUGUCACCGGAUCCUCCUGGGGACUGACCACGAGGAGCAAUGAUUCUAUUGGCUAUGUUAUCUCGUACAGCAUGAGUGAUUCUCACAUGCGGGCCAUCAGCGAGGCAUAUAACGUGACCGCACAGCAGGUCACUUAUGCCGUGUCCUUGGAUACGGCAAUUGAUGUCACUUCCUCCUUCUUGACCAUUCCAAUCUUUGUUACCGAAGGCCAACAGAACAGCAGCUGGUCCAUUGAUCGUGCUGCGCAAAGCAUCACCGUGAUGUGGCCUGGUAGCCGUACCUCUCAACUGGGCCAGUCAUGCAUGCAAUACAAUGUCACCUCUGCCCAGGGUCUACCGGUGACGCUCGAGGCCAGGAAUGAUUGGAUCUUGACGCGCAACGGCUUUAUGACCUCCGUGGCAGCCUCUUCCUCUGCAGGCGUAGCCGACCUUCGCCUCACGAUGCGCCCUCUGGGCAGCUCCUGUCCUUAGGAUUCCGUAACUUCCCCCUCCCUCCCUCUGGCACUUCGCAUCUUCUUGUAGCACACACCCCUGUCGACAACUUACCCACUGAUGAGGAUGCGGAUAGAUGUUUGAAAUUGACUUGC